UAUUUGGUUUUGGUCAGCCCUUUAUGAUACGUCUUAAGCAUUGUUUAUUGCUCGAUAACCACCACCAAGUUUCCUCUCCCUAAGAGUUUGAUAAACCCACCAACCCCCUCCUAGACUUUGAUUUAUUCAACACAUGUUUCACCUAAUUAACUACCAUCUCUAAAUCAAAUCCAAAAUAAAUAUAAAAAAUCCCAAUCCAACCCGACUUGUUACUAUCAUACCACACACCGCACAGAUGCUUCCAUGCAUCAGUCUCAACUUCCCUGAAAAGUGAAAACACCAAAAUAAAUAUUCAUUCGAACCUCUCCUUUCCCCGCUUCUCUUGGCUUGCGAAUAAGCAGCCUGCAGCCGGGCAAAGUAAAAUCAGAAGCUGGGUUGUAUGUGUGUGCCCGAACAAUACCGACUUCUCCUUCACAGUUUCUGGUCGAACAUAACACAACUCAUCUCUUCAACCUCCACACACGCACACACACGUAUGUCUUCGUGCUUGUCCAUAGUUGCAUAACUGUUGUAAAGCUAUAAAGAAACAUCGCCCCCUCUGCUGUCAUAGAGUUACUUCUUAUUUUUCGCUGAUAGUCGGAGACUCCAAAUCUAAAUUAUGGCCACUGAUAUCCCAUCCUUUAAUAUCUCAACCCUGGAACAAAUGUACAUUGAUUCUUGCAAGAGGCAUGGUGUCCUACCUAAUACAGAAAUUUUAUCUGGUUUCCUUAAGGCUGAGGUUAAAAAGUCCUGCAAUGAGAUAUGUAGCUUGGAGAUCAUCUUGGACCAUCUUGAAGAUAUUGAUGUUCCUCCGCUUCUUGAUGUGUGUGCAACCAUUGAAACUUCUGAGAUUGAAGUGGUUGACAUACGUAACGGACCGAAUUGUACUUUGCAUGUAGAAUAUGCUUUAUCUUUGAUGCGUGCUUUCAAUCAAAAGCUUCAAGUAGUUGAUCUUCAGGAUUUGCCAUUUGGAAAGGACUUCUUGCGGGAGCUUUCUCAGAAAGGUUUAGCUUGCCAAAUUUUGAAUUUGAGGUCUUCUCAUUUCCGGAAUCUGAACAUGGCAGGGAAAUUCAUGCAAAUACAUACCCUCAACCUUGAUUUUAGUACUUCACUGACAAGCUUCCAGGAGGAUUGUUUUACUUGCAUGCCCAUUCUAACUUGCCUCUCAAUGUGCGAGACAAGAGUUGCAAAUCUCUGGACAACUAUUGCAGCACUUUCUAAACUCUCUUCUUUGGUAGAACUUCGGUUUCAGAAGUGGAUAUGCUGCAAUGAUUCUGCCUCUCCUUCAGCAUCUUCAGGUGGAAAUUUGGAGGAUCAACCUGAUGUUAGAGAACUUUUGACUGAUAUUGAUGAAGAAUCAUUUCUUAACCAAGGCACAGAUGAGGGAACCGGGAAUGUGUUUUCAUUCAAUGAUAUAGCUACAGGUCAGCAAGUUCAAAGUAUGAUGGAGGAUUCAUCAGAUGACAAUGAAGUUGAUUUUUCAAGUUAUUGGCAAGAAUUUGAUUAUAUGGAUCUGUUGGCCAAUUUUUCUUCUGGCUGGAACAGGCAGGUCAAUCUGCAAAGUGAGCUUUCUUCUGGUACAUCUAGGAAUAAAAAAGAAGAGUCCCUGCAUGGUUCCUUUGGGAGACAUGUUGCAGAUGUUCCUUCGAAGUAUAUCUCUCAUCAUGCUUCACCAAUAUGCUUCGAGAAACAUUAUAGAGAGUACAUGAUAGCUUCAUUACCCAAUUUGAAAGUUUUGGAUAACUUACCUGUCAGAAAGAUUGACAGUGAAAGGGCUGCUGUUACAUUUUCACAAUAUUUCGAGUACUUACCAUACAAUCGGAAGCAUAAAGAGAGUGUUGUCAGCAUCUUGCACAAGCGUGAAAUAAAAGAUACCCGUUCUCAUAUGCUGUCAAAAAAUCAAAAGCCUUCUUAUUCUCAUGGAAACUCCCUAUACUCUUAUACCCGGUCUCUUUGUGCUGCAAAGUUGGGAUCUUCUGCUUGGCCGUUGUUGCAUUCACUUUCUGUAUCAGGCUGUGAUUUAGGUGAUGGAAGUAGGAGUUUCCGGCCCAGACAGUUUGAGUACCAUCCAUCUCUUUCUAGCCUAAUGGUGUUUGGAACCUUGGAUGGUGAAGUUGUUGUGGUGAACCAUGAGAAUGAGAAAGUAGUUAGGUACGUUUCAUCACUUGGUGCCAUGAAUAGUGUGUUGGGACUCUGCUGGCUCAAGAAAUAUCCAUCUAAGUUCAUAGCAGGUUCAGAUAGUGGUUUGCUAAAAUUGUAUGACAUAGAGCACAUGCCCCCAACAGUUACGGGCAUGUAUUCAGCUGCCGGUUCAAUCACCUUUGAUGACUUUGACCAAUUGACAUCUGUUCAUGUUAACUCCACCGACGAACUAUUUCUGGCAAGCGGAUACUCAAAAAAUGUUGCUUUGUAUGACAUCAACAGUGGAAGGCGCAUACAGGUGUUCACUGAUGUGCACAGAGAGCACAUCAAUGUUGUCAAGUUCUCAAACCAUUCCCCAUCAGUUUUUGCAACUUCUUCAUUUGAUCAGGAUGUCAAACUAUGGGACUUGAGACAGAAACCAAUACAGCCUUGCUAUACUACUUCAGUCUCUAGAGGAAAUGUGAUGGUGUGCUUUUCUCCAGAUGAUCAAUAUCUUCUUGCAUCUGCUGUUGAUAAUGAGGUUCGACAACUUUUGGCUGUUGAUGGGAGGCUUCACUUGAGUUUUGACAUAGCACCUACGGGAAGUUCACAGAAUUACACCCGUUCCUACUACAUGAAUGGAAGGGAUUAUAUUAUAAGUGGGAGUUGUGAUGAACAUGUGGUCCGUGUUUGCUGUGCUCAAACUGGAAGGCGUUUCAGAGACAUAUCCUUGGAGGGGAAAGGCCUAGGGAAUUCAAUGUAUGUGCAAUCUUUGAGGGGAGAUCCUUUUAGGGAUUUCAACAUGAGUAUAUUGGCAGCCUAUAUGCGUCCCAACUCGAGGUAUGAAAUUGUGAAGGUCAAUUUGCUAGCUUCCUGUGGGAAUGCCAAGGGAUACUCUAAAAGCCGGGAUUCCUGCCCAUCCACUAGCAUGGGAGGUUGAGGUUUAUUUUCUUUUCAUGACAAGAGUAGGAUUUGAGCUUGAAAUCUCACCCACUUCUGGGCUAAACACCCAAUGGUAAAAAAAAUGUAUAUUAAUCAUGGCUUAUAAGAUCUUUAUCUUUGUAAAUGUAAUGAACAUGCAUUUCGCAGUGCAAACAAUUACGUCAUGGUGAUUAGUUGAAGAA